GACGCCUUGCGAUCGGUUUUGAGCGUCGAUUACCCGGUGGCCUAUGGAACGAGAGUGAGAGUUGUAUAAAAACCACCACCUUUCCAAUGGUCACACAUCAGUCAGCUGUGCUCAUCUCAACGGUUCAUAACCGAAAAAAACAUCAUUUUUUGGUGUGCGCUGGGACAUCAUUUCUGCUACGAUACGCACAUUAUGAAGGCGUUCGUAUUCUUCUCAAUGGGGCUGGCGAUUGCCGCCAGUGCAGCAGUCGAUGAUAGCAAAAAGAGCAAACGGGACCUGUGGGACGAUCUGGGUGUGGCGGAUGAUAUCUCGUUGGAAGGUCUGGCGGAAAGGCAUGAGGUUGAAGACUUCCCAGAAGAUCUGGGAGAGUGGAGUCCAUCCGUUCCGGAGCCAGAAGUGAAACACGUACCGGUGCCGUAUCCGGUUGAGGUCGAGAAACACAUUCCAGUGGAAGUUAAAGUGCCAGUACCGGUCGAAGUCGAGAAGAAGGUUCCAGUUAUCGUGGAGAAGAAAGUUCCCGUAAUUGUGGAGAAGCGCGUACCCGUCCACAUUGAUCGCCCAGUGCCAUAUCGAGUCGAGGUGAAGGUCCCCGUGGUUCACAAAGAAUACGUCGAAGUGCCAAGACCGUUCCCGGUUCAUGUUGAAAAACGCAUCCCAGUGUUCCUCGAUAGGCCAGUCAUAGUGGAGAAAACCAUCCCACUGACCAUUCACAUCCAGGAGAAGAAAAAGAAGAAAACUGGCUUCCCUCUGUGGGGCUGAAAAUGUUUUGCUUUUUUAGA